AUGGUAGCCCGAACAUCGAGUUUCGCCAGUGCCUCCUCCAGGCUUCCUGCACUUACCCUAUCGCCCUUGCGUCUUAUGAUCACUUCUCAAUUCACCAAACCACAACUGCCCCCAAAAAGCCUUGAUCUCUCAGGUCAAACAGCGAUUGUAACUGGCGCCAACAAUGGCAUCGGUUUGGCUUGUGCCAAGCUACUGCUUGAGCAGGGACUCAGCCAUCUUAUCAUCGCUGUUCGCUCAGAGGCCAAAGGUCAUGAGGCAGCUGAGCAGUUGAGAGGAAUUGUCUCGGACGCCAAUAUCGAAGUUUGGAAACUUGAUAUGGGAAGUUACAUCUCCAUUGACUCGUUUGUGAAGCGUUGCGAAACGCUCCCUCGUCUUGACUAUGCCAUUCUCAAUGCUGGCAUGGGCAACGCCACCCUCCGAAUUAAUGAGUCCACUGGUCAUGAAGAAACUAUCCAGGUCAACUUCCUGUCUACUAUGUACCUCUCGGUCCUUCUUCUACCUCUGCUGAAGAAGAAAAAAGCAUCGCCAUCACAACCGGGACGACUGACUGUCGUCAACUCAGGAAGCUCUAUGCACUGCGAGUUACCUGAGGCAAAGUCGGACCCAUUGAUCCCCGCGUUCGACUCUGAAGCGACCUUUGAUGGAAUGCCACAUUACGCCAAGUCGAAACUACUUGGACAGCUCUUUAUCGAUAAGCUAGCGCGUCACGUCGACCCCCAAGACGUCAUCAUCAACUGUGUCGAUCCUGGACUUACCAAAGGCACUGGUCUCAUGGACAAGGCGCCGAUAGUCUUGAAAAUAUUCAUGACUAUCAUGGCGCGGUUUAUCGGACGCACUCAAGAACAAGCCGCUUCAACCUAUGUUGAUGCAGCUGUUGUCAAGGGAGAAGAAACGCAUGGGUCAUACGUGAUGGACUGGCGAAUUUAUCCCGCGGAUCGACCGGAAGUUCAGGAUCGACUGUGGAAGGAAAUCAUGCAUGAGUUUGAGUUUGCAAACAUGGGGGGUAUUAUCAACUCGAUGGGUAAGAGAGAUUAA